GCGCGUCCUCCCCCGCGCGACACUGCUGCGUCUCAACCCACCCGCGAAGAAGAAGCAUCUUUGAAGAGGGUGGGGAAAGAAAAAUCACUUAACUACCCGUUUUUUAACAACACAAUGGAUCAUAAACGACACGAUACGCUUUCCACGCGUGUUUUACUAGCUGGAUUUGUGGUACUUAUUCUCUCAGCCUCGACGCCGACGCUGGCCAUCGAAAUCUUCACUGAGUCCGAGGUAAUUGUGGAGAACGGGACGGCGUGCGUGCUCCGUUGCACCUUCAAGUCCAACGAGGUGGUCAGCAGCCAUAUCACCGUCGCCUGGAACUUCCAGUCCAGUCAGCCCGACAAUCCGUUCUCCAAGGCGCCGUAUGUGUUCUUUUACUUUUACGACGGGAAGCCGGCCCCAGCACAGGAGGAGUUCAAAGACCGGGUGCAGUUCAUCGGCGACAUCAACAAGAGGGACGUGUCCAUAAGACUGAACCCGGCGCAGUUCAGCGACAACGGCACCUACUUUUGCGACGUGAAGAAUCCGCCCGACUACAAGGGCACGCCGGCUCGAACGGAAUUGCGCGUGGUCUUGAGAGAAUCUCUUCCUCGGGGCAGCACUACCGUCAUCGUGGGAGCGGUGUGCGGCGUUUUGGCUUUGCUGUUGCUCAUCCUCGUGGCUGUCUGUGUCAUCAUGAAGGUGCUUCACAACCGCCACGAUUAUGAAGGCUGUAUAAACUUGGAAAACGCGCGCACCCCGCCUCCGCAGCCCAUAAAGAAGACGGAGCCCAAGCUGGAGGCCCCCACGAGUACCAGCCCCCCGGGCCAAGUGCAGGGCCCGGUGAUAUACGUCCAGUUGGACCACUCGGGCAGCAAAAACUCCUUCCACAAGAUGGAGCCGGUGGUCUACGCCGACAUCCGCAAAAACUGACACGGACCGAUGGGGGAGCCGCACGCAACAAAAACUCAAAAUCACACACGAACUGUAAAGUAUCAGACCUCUCAUAUCAGCUGCUCUCGGGAACGCUGGCUUCUUUAUACAGGGACGGACGCUUUUUCUUUCUUUUUUUGUUUGUUUGUUCUCCGCCAUCACGUCCACACUUACACUCCCAUUACAUGGUCAAUAUUGGAUGCUUUGUAACAGCCUCACAUCAACUCAAACUGCUGCACAUUUGGACACGUUGACAGACAUUUCCAGAAGCUUUCAACAUUCCUUCCUCGGCGACCGAGAUUUAUGAUAAUUAUUAUAAGUGACUACAGUUCAAAUACUGACGAAUAGCAUCUGGUAGACUUUUGGGGUAGAUCAAAUAGGGAUGGGUAUUUUAGCAAAUUGAAAUUGUUUUUACAUUCACAUUUUCACGUCAAAAACUACAGGGGAAAAAAAUCCGCAAUGAUGUCUGUCUGUCUCUUACAAUUUUUUCACAAAGCAGGAAAAAGUUUUUUUCUGCAAUUCCCCACAAUUUAAAAAAUAGCAACAAAUACAAAAACUGUUAGGUUUUUUUUUUCAGUAUACCUCUAUAUUCCUGGGACUGUAAAAAUAUCAAACUGCUGCUUUUUUUUUAAAUAUAUAAUUAUUUUACCAAGCAGUAAACCUUUGGCAAUUCUUCCUGUAAAAUUAGCACCCUCUGCUGUUUUUUUUUUCCAAAGUAGAAAAUACAUUAAAAAAUAUCUGCAAUUACACUUUUUAAGUAUUUUCUACUUUGCUAAAGAAUUAUAAAAAUCGGAUAAAAUGGUGAUGAAAUUGCAGGGGAAAAAAACCCAAAACUACUCCUUUGCAAAAACAACUAAUUUCAUUGUUCCAGGAAUAAAGAAUUGCGGAUAAAACUUUUUUUGUAGUAUUUUUUGCUUUGUGAAAUAAAUAAUUAGUAAUCAACUGGGAAUGGGUAUUUGAGCAAAUUGAAUUUAUCAGUGUUAUCUUUUUUUUUUUUUUUUACAUUCACACUUUCUUGUCAGAAAAGUAAGGAAAAAAAUUGCAAUUUUCUUUAUUUCUCACAAUUAUGCAACAAAGCAGGAAAAUGCGACCAAAAGGUUUUCCUUGCAUUCCCUCCAAUUGAAAAAUGGCAGAAAAUUGCUAUUAAAGUCCGUGUAAAGUAAAAAUAAAAUGUAACCUAAAUUUGACACACUUGAUAGAAGUGUUUUUUUUUUUUAAAUCCUAGUGGCUACUGUGUUUUCAGCGUAGUGACUCUUCCAACCGCUCGAUUUGUUUUCAUUUUUAUAAAAAGCAACUAGCAACAAGUCAAGCUGAUUUUUGUGGCGCUAUUGGAGACUCUGAGAUGUACGUCCAUCUGCAAAUGAACGGCGCUUGCGCCAAGCCAGCCAAAAUGUCCAUUUUCCAAAAUAUGUCCCCUUGAAAUAAUACAUUGUUAACGAUGGCAAUAUGCUAAUAUGGUUCAAUCCUGCCCAUCCCUAUAAAACAUUUUAGAUUUAUUAUUAUUUUUAAAAAAUUUUGUGUGUCUGAGUUUUCAGAGCAUGUUGGCAGCGGGAAAGCAAACAAUGGAAACGCUUUGGACUGGUGCUGCAUUCAAGUACAAUCACAAGUCAGAGUCACUGCCCAGCCAGAUUGUUUUGACUUUAUAUUGGUCGCGGGCGCUCUUGUUGGCUCAGCAGAGCAUAGAAUUAUUAUUAUCAUCAUCAUCCUCAAUAACAAUACAGUGGAACCUCCAAAGUGGGACACAACCACUAGUUGAAUUCCAAGUUGUUACAUUUUUCCUUGUAGGAAAUAUUGUCAAUAAUGACCAAAUCUUCAUUAUAAACUGUAGAGGUGAUUUUUAUUUAUUUAUUUUUUUUAACAUUUUCAGAAGCAAAGCAGGAUCGGGCCUGGUUAGUACUUGGAUGGGAAGGAUCACGAAAGUAAAAUGAAGCAAAACUACUCGCCCUUUGACAGACAUCACAACAAACACAUAUCUUUUCCCAUUAGAAAAUGAAUUAUUUUGUUGCCAUCAUAAAAGUUUUAUCAAGCUGUACAAGUGAUAUUUGAAGUAAUAUUUUAACAAAAUUAAAUGUACUUAAACUAAAAAAAUCAAACUAAUCAUGCAUUGACAUACAAGGCAAACAUUAUCCCCCCCCCCCCCCCCCCAAAAAAAGUAUUGACAUUACGACAUUUUGUCUUUAAAUAAGGAUUAAAUUUCUCCAUCGGAAAUGUCAAUUCAUUUGUUUCCAUUAUAAAUAUUUAUUAAAUUGUAAAGAUAUUUUACAUAACAUUUUAAAAUCCUGAACUGUUGUAAAAUUGCAUAAUAAGUAAACUUAAAAAGUAAAACUAAGCACCCUUUGACAGACAUGACAAAUACAUUUUCCUUAAAAAAUUGCAGCAAUCUCACUUUUUUCUUAAAAAAAAAAAAAAAAAAAAAAGUAACUUUUUUUGGUAAUCUGAAUAUAAAGUAUUAACACUACGACAACUGAGUGGGAAUUUGUCAUUUUCCUUAAAUAAAGACAUCAAAUUUAAUAAAUUUUCAUAAGAAAUCUGAGUCUAACAACUAUUCGCGCAACAAUCCUGACUUUUUCAUAACAUUACAAGAAUAAAGUCAGAAUAUUAUUACCAAAAAGUUAUUUUAGCUAAAGGUCGACGCAAUUUUUCCGUAGGUUAUUAUGUGAAUUAAUUUGCGUUAAACAUUUACAUGGACAAAUGUCAAAACAAAUUAAAACUAAAAUACAGUAAAACAAAUGAGGAGGGAACAUGAUGGUGGAAUUUUUUUGGGCGUUUCCACUGUGUUGUUUUUGUAACGCGGGGUGCGCGCUGUCCAUUUUGCAUGUAGCCUAGCCGCUAACGGCCGCACUUGGCUAACUAACGUUACUGUGAAAGCAUGUCGCUGUCGUCGUCCUUCCGCGCCUCACUGGAACAUUUGAUGACAAAAGAAUCAUCUGGAAAAUUCAGAUCUGUACAAGUACAAUUUUUAUUUUUUUAAUUUUUUUUUUUUGGCAUGUUGAGGGAAAAAAAACUAUAAAAAAUGUUCUUCUGGGGUGGAACACUGUUUGCAUGCAAUCUACUAACGUGAUAAUCCUAUUACGAAAAAUGCUUGUUGAUGUGUUUAAAUUUAUUUUAAAAUGAAAUAAUGGGCCAAAUAUCAUUGUCAUAAUCAUCAUCAUCUUUGUUUCAGCUUUAAAAUGCAUUUUUAUUUGUCAAAUAUUUCAAGCCAAAUUCAGUUUAUGUGAACAUUGUCAUCCCCCCCGCGGUAUGUAUUUGUAUAGAAUAAUACACAUACGUACCUAUGUACGUACUUAAUGUGUGGUGCUGGUUACUGUAAGUGCAUUCCAGUGUGAUAAGCACGCCCUUUUCCUUUCCUUUUCCUGGUCUUAAUUCUUCGUGGUGAGCGAUGUGCCUGCAGGAGUGAAUUGUAGUGACUAAAAGUGACUGACUAGAGGUCAGUAGAAGCCCCCAAUACCAACUAACAUGCUAGCUAACAAGAUCAAAUAGCUUCGUAAUGUUACGAUUCCAUUCUUUAAAAAAAAAAAAAAAACUGUCCUCUUAAAAAAAAAAAAAAAAUUUCUAGAUUACGAGAAUAGUCGUACAGUUAAAAGUAUUUUUCGUUAAAACGAAAGUGAUGAAAUAUGACUUGUAUCAUUGUCAUUUGGUGAAAUGUUUUCCCUAAAAAAUUUUUUACUUCAAUAUCAUAUGACAGUUUUUCCUCAAAAUAUUACAAGCCUAUUUAUGAAAUAUUACCACUUUAAGAAAACCUUUUUUAUUGUCAUAUUACAGUUUUAUUCUAUUAAUUAAAAAAAACGAAUGAUUCUUCCAUACCAUGUGUUCUGGUUGUAACUAAAAGGAGCCACUAGAGGUCAGCAGAGGAGACAGUUGCAAUACCAAUUAAUAUGCUAGCUAACAAGAUGAAAUAUGUACAAGGGGGGAAAAAAAGCUUUUUUUCCCUCAUAAUAAUAGGUUUCUUUUCAGGAAAGGUAGUAGUAGUACUCUUAAAUGUUUUGAUGUGUCAACAUGGAUGUCAAAUUUUAGCCCAAGUUUUUCCUUACAAAUCUUUUUAAAAAUAUUUUGCUCUUUUCCCACAUUGAGCGAAAAUCGAUGAAUCUGAUGUUCAAUGUGAUUAGUGUCCUACAUUUGUUAGCAUAGCAUUUUAGCACUCCGUUGCAGGCACUGUGCUCUUCCAGCUCGCUUUUGAUUGAACGAGUUCACAGCAAGCUAAGCGUCUUCACCAAAAAACACCAAACUUGUAUGAUAGCUAGCCACUUUUUUAUUUUUUUUAAAAAUGUUUAUCAGUUGUGGUUUUGAGCUGCUGGGGGCUGCGUGCGUGUGUGUGUGUGCGUGCGUGCGUGUGUGUUGCUGUCGUCCACAUGGUGAUGUAAAGUAUAAAUUAUAAAAAGACGGUCCUAGCUGUGCUUUUCAGCUUUCUCUGUGUGCUAAAUAGUUGUUCUAUUCGAUAGUGUCUUGUAAAAAAAUAAAAAUAAAAAAAUGCACUACUUCUUGACUAAGGAAGACAAAAACCUGCCCUGUGAUUUAUUUUUUUAUUACUCAUCUCUGAAUGACUUUGGCCUCUUGUUUUAUGAAAAGAAAAACAAAACAAAAAACUGGAAUGUUGUACAUUUAGUGCCUUUUACAUUUCAUCAGCUAACUUGAACGUCUGCUUCAUAUAGAAAAGAUUCAUUUAUUUUUUCCUUUUAUUGUAUGUAUUUUUUUAUAUGUAUAAUAGCCUGUUCUGUAUCCACUUGUCCAAAUUUUAUAUAUAAAAAAUACUAUUUCUGGCCAAA